AUGUUAGCCUCUGUUAGCUUAGGUUGUAGAACACCAACAUGUUACAAUCUUCAUCAACAAACAAGGAACAGCUUCAUAGCUAAAACGCAUAACAACAAUGACAAAUUGAUGAUGGUGGAUUGGAGAGGAAAACAAUGUAACAGUAAGAAAAGUAAUAGGGUAGUGAAAUGCAGUGGUGGAAUGGGGUUAGGAGAUUUCAUCGGAGGAGAUUUGGUUAAAUUUGAUCUCGGACGUUGGCUUUCAGAUGUUGAAGAACAUAAAGCACUUGCAAUAUAUACUCCUCAUGAAGGUGGAUAUGAAGGACGUUACUUAUCACGUCUUCGACGUCAAGGUUACUAUUUUCUUGAUCUUACUGCUCGUGGUCUUGGUGAUCCUGAGACCACUCUCACCAAGAUUCAUCCUGUUUGUCCUCCUCAUUUAGGAAAGCAACCAAUAGCAAGAUGGUAUUUUCCACCAGAAGUUGAUUACAGAUUGGAUGCAUUACCACCGGAUGCCAAAGGGUUGGUGGUAUGGAUCAUUGAAGCCAAGGUUCUCUCCAAGGCAGAAUUGCAAUUCCUUGCUCUGCUACCUACACUAAGGCCUAAUGUGAGGGUCAUUGCUGAAUGUGGAAACUGGAGAAAGUUUAUGUGGAAGCCACUCAAUGAAAUUGCUGGACUAACCACAGAGGCUUGA